AUGUCAAUUGCUUCUCCAACUACAACGACAACAACAAUGAUGAAUAAUAAUUCAUCACCAUCUGGAAAUCCUUUGACAUCACUUUUACAUUCGAUAACAAAAAAACGCUCAUUAUCACCAAUCGUUCAACGUUUUGUUGAUUUAUGUGUUAGACCAAAUGAUAUGACACCACCAUCAUCGAAUGUAAAUGAACAUACAGAAAAAAUCAUAAGAAAUUUAGUAAAAAAAUUAACAAAAUUAAAAAAGAAUGGUUCUAUUGAAGAACUUGAAAAAGCUAUUUUACAUAAAGAUUCAAGAACAAAAUGUGUCACAAUACCAAGAUCACUUGAUACUCCUCCAAAUCAAUCAUCAAAAUCAAAUCCUGUUGUUAUAUAUUGUCGUCUAUGGCGUUGGCCAGAUUUAUCAAAUCAAAAUGAAUUAAAACCAGUUGAUUAUUGUCCAAAUUCAUUUCAUUAUUCUCGAGAUGAUAUUUGCAUUAAUCCAUUCCAUUAUGAACGUGUAGCAGCUAAAUAUUCUGUUUAUGUUCCACAUUUACCACCGGAAGCAUUCCUUGAUAUGCCAGAUUUACGCUCAGCUUCAAUGAGUAAUGAUAUUAUGCCGAAUCAGAUACCAGAAAAUACAACAUAUCAAGCAACUAUUGAACAACAACAAUCACCACCAUCAUAUCCAUUAUCACCUGGAAGUAUUAGUUCACAAGAUUCUCUUCUUUCACCACCUGGUGCAAUUACUAAUGAUGAUAAUAACCAUAAUUCUCAUGGAACUCCAAUGGAUUUUGAUAGUGCUCCACAAGCAUCAACAGAAACAAAUUCAAUGUAUCCUUCUCAACAACCAGUUUCAACAAUGUCAUCUCAUCCCUCUCAAUAUUCUGUAACUAAUGGCGAACAAGUACCAUUUGAAGAACCUCAUGAAUGGUGUCUUAUAUCUUAUUAUGAAAUGUCAACACGUGUAGGUGAACAAUUUCAUGCAACACAACCACAGAUAAUUAUUGAUGGUUUUACUGAUCCAUCAAAUGCUGAUCGUUUUUGUUUGGGUGGUUUAACAAAUGUUCAUCGAACAUUUGAUAUUGAUAAAGCACGACGUCAUAUUGGACGUGGUGUAAAACUAUUUCAUAUACGUGGAAAUGUUUUUGCUGAAUGUAUAUCAGAUAAUCCUGUUUUUGUACAAAGUCCAAUAACAAAUCAAAGAUUAUCAUGGCAUCCAGCAACUGUUUGUAAAAUUCCACCAAAAGUUCGACUGAAAAUAUUUGAUAGUGAUGAUUUUACUCAAAUACUUAGUGCAGCUGUUCAUGAAAGUUAUGAAGCAGUUUAUAAUCUCAUGAGAAUGUGUAUCAUUCGAAUGAGUUUUGUUAAAGGAUGGGGUGUUGAAUAUAGACGUCAAGCAGUAACAUGUACACCAUGUUGGGUAGAAAUUCAUUUAGAAGGUCCAUUAAAAUGGCUCGAUACUGUUCUUUCGACAAUGCGCGGUCCAACACAAUCGAUUACAAGUGUUUCAUAG